UGUAAGCGGCGCUGCCUGAAGGACCCCAGGGCUUUCCAUGCCGCUGUGCUGCCGGCGGACCAGGAGUCCGAGCUUCGGGAGUCCAAGCCCGAGCCGCCACCGCCGCCGCCGCCGUCCGUGACCCUGCCGGAGUCCCGCCGACCGCGGGCCGCCCCUGCCCGGCCGCCAGGAUGCUGGAGGAGGCGGGCGAGGUGUUGGAGAACAUGCUGAAGGCCUCGUGCCUGCCCCUCAGCUUCAUCGUCUUCCUGCCGGCCGUGCUGCUGCUCGUGGCGCCGCCGCUGCCCGCCGCCGACGCGGCGCACGAAUUCACCGUCUACCGCAUGCAGCAGUACGACCUGCAGGGCCAGGCUUACGGCACCCGGAAUGCAGUGCUCAACACAGAGGCGAGGACAGUAGAGGCGGAUGUGCUGAGCCGCCGCUGCGUCAUGAUGCGGCUGGUGGAUUUCUCCUAUGAACAGUAUCAGAAGGCCCUCCGGCAGUCAGCUGGGGCAGUCGUCAUCAUCCUGCCUCGGGCCAUGGCUGCUGUGCCCCAGGACGUCAUCCGGCAAUUCAUGGAGAUUGAGCCCGAGAUGCUGGCCAUGGAGACCAUUGUCCCCGUCUACUUCGCGGUGGAAGAUGAGGCCUUGCUUUCCAUCUACGAGCAAACGCAGGCUGCCUCAGCCUCCCAGGGCUCCGCAUCUGCAGCGGAAGUUCUUCUGCACACAGCCACUGCCAAUGGCUUCCAGAUGGUUACUAGUGGAGCCCAGAGCAAAGCUGUGAGCGACUGGCUCAUCACCAGUGUGGAGGGCCGGCUGACAGGACUGGGCGGAGAGGACCUCCCCACCAUCGUCAUUGUGGCUCACUACGACUCCUUCGGGGUGGCCCCCUGGCUUUCCCAUGGAGCUGACUCCAAUGGUAGCGGGAUUUCUGUGCUCCUGGAGCUGGCCAGACUCUUCUCAAGGCUGUACACCUACAAACGCACCCAUGCGGGGUACAACCUGUUGUUUUUUGCUUCUGGUGGGGGCAAGUUUAACUAUCAGGGCACUAAGAGGUGGUUAGAAGAUAACCUGGAUCACACCGACUCGAGCUUGCUGCAGGACAACGUGGCCUUCGUCCUGUGCCUGGACACCCUGGGCCGAGGGAAUGGCCUGCACCUGCACGUGUCGAAGCCCCCAAGGAGGGGCACCCUGCAGUACGCUUUCCUUCGAGAGCUCGAGAUGGUGGCCGCCAGCCAGUUCCCAGAGGUGAGGUUUUCCAUGGUGCACAAGAAGAUCAACCUGGCGGAGGACAUGCUGGCCUGGGAGCAUGAGCGCUUCGCCAUCCGCCGGCUGCCCGCGUUCACGGUCUCCCAUCUGGAAAGCCAUCGAGAUGGGCUGCGGAACAGCAUCAUGGACGUCCGGUCGCGGGUAGAUUCCAAGACUCUCACCCGAAAUACCAGAAUCAUUGCAGAGGCCCUGACCCGAGUUAUCUACAACCUGACAAAGAAGGGCACCCCUGCUGAUCUUCAGGUGUUCACAGAACAGAUGCAGAUCCAGCAGGAGCAGAUCGACUCUGUGAUGGACUGGCUCACCAAUCAGCCCCGCGCCGCCCAGCUUGUGGACAAAGACAGCACCUUCCUCAACACCUUAGAGUAUUAUCUGAGCCGCUACCUGAAGGAUGUCAGACAGCACCAUGUGAAGGCAGACAAACGGGACCCUGAGUUUGUCUUCUAUGACCAACUGAAGCAGGUGAUGAAUGCCUACAGGGUCAAGCCAGCUAUCUUCGACCUUCUCCUGGCUCUCUGCAUAGGAGCCUACUUGGGAGUGGCUUACUUUGCCGUCCAGCACUUUGGGCUCCUCUAUAAGACAGUACAGAGAAUAUCUCUGAAGAUGAAGCAGCAGUGAACUGGCCCCUCAGCACCCUCGUCAAGCAGCACUGAGCCAGGCACCUCAGAGGGAGCAGCCAGGAGCUUCCAUUCAGUCCAGCCACGUCUCUGCCCUUUUGUCCCCCCGCCCACCCCCGUCUGGCUCAGUCCUGCCUUCUGCUCUCUUCUCCACUCCAGGGCAGGGAGGGCAAGAGACCCAGAGGACCGCUCGGGCCCACCUUCCAGCCUCCUGCACCCCUGCCUGCCCCAUCACGGGCGGGCGAGGCAGAGACACUGAACAGCGGGUGUCCUUAAGCUUCCUCAGAGUGUAGCCGAGGAGCCUGGACCUGCCGGGGUCCUGGGGGAGCGGAGCUCUGGCCCUGGGACCUGCCACGCCCCAGACCUUGGAGCUCAUGUUAACAGUGCACACCUGAAUUAAAGAGAACCAGAAACUCGA